UCGUAGUGAAUUCCUAACAGGCUCGCUUUUGCUAUACGUGCACUCUUCUAGGCUUGCUUGUAGUGGACUGUAUUGCUACGUGAACUGAAAUGAAUUCUCUCUACACACUUGGUGUCCGCCAGACAUCGUCUAUUCAAGCGGACCUUGAGAAACUACGGGCGGGGGAUAAUAGCGCAUCUUUACAUGGGCAGAUUGCAGCUUCACUCGCAGCGUUACAUCGGACUAUCGAAGACUAUGACUCCAUGGCACGAAGAGAAAUGCUAAAGGCAAAACAGGAGAAAGCCCAAAUGCGAUUGCAGAAAUUCAGAACGGACUACAGCGAACUAAUGGGCCAAUUUGACAGCAUAAAGAGGGAGCGAGAUGCUGCGCAGAAAACAGAACUAUUCGCGAGUGCUACACCCAAUACUGCGGGUUCUGCACGGCAACGAUUUGCAAACGGGCCUACACGUAGUACCGCACCUCCUGAACUCGUUGGCGAAUCGCCGUUCCGCAGUGCAACGCCGAAUGGAAGCGUCAUGCCAGGCUCGACCCUUGAUCGCGAGGCAUACGCAUUGCGCGAGCAUUCAUUCGCCCAGACAGCACAUGCACAAUUGGACGACUUUAUCGCACAGGGUCGGGAAGUAUUAGACAACCUGGUGGAUCAACGCAAUAUGCUCAAGGGGACACAGCGACGGCUGCUGGAUGCUGCAAAUACCCUAGGACUGAGUAGGGAUGUCAUUGGGUGGAUUGAGAGGCGAAGUACUCAGGAUAUGUACAUUUUCUUUGGCGGAGCCGUAUUUACAUUCUUCUGUUUUUAUCUCAUAUGGAAGUACUUGGGAUAG